UCCUCUUUUCCAGUAGACAGCAUCAACGGUAGCAGUGAGUUUGAAUCUGGGGACUUGGUGUCCACGGUCACACGGGUGAUGGUGAGCCAGAACCGGCUGUACAGCGACACCGAGGAGGUGCUGGCUCUGCAGGUGUUCAGUGAAGUGAUAGAGAUGGAGGGCAAGGAGGUCCAACAGCCUGACAUGUGUGAGGUGAAGAUACUGAUGAGCCCAGACUUCCAGAAGCUGGCUCAGUUCACAAACAUCUACCCCAUCGGACACAGUGAGAUCUUCAGGCUUCCCAGGGAGAAUGACAUGGUGGUCACAGAUCCACCUAACCCCAGGAAAGAUGAAGAACAACUGAUAUCCCAGACCACCAGCCAGUACCCCCUGAAGCACACGGAGACCACGCAGGAGGAGGUGGCCGCCCCGGGGAAGCUCCCAGAGACGCCUCUCCGCAUGGACCCUGACCUGCUGUAUGAUGUCAGAUAUGAUGAUGAUGAGUUUGAUGUCAGAGAGCCAAGCCAACCGGAUCACAUUCAGAUGGAAAUUCCACCCAAAAAAUUAAUAUCAUCUUACUCUGCUGUGUGUCAGUGGGUGGAGGAGCUGAGGGAGCGUUUGAGGCGCUUCAGCUCCGAGUCGCUGCCCCUCUUCUUCCUGGUGAUGUGGGUGGUGGUGAUCGGCGUGGUCGGAUCAGCGGUCAUCGUCAAGAUUUUGGACAUGUUCUUCCCAACUUGUGAACACAAGCACAUUUUUCACCUAAACCCUCUCACUCUGAUGCCGGAGGACGAGAAGCAGACGCUGCUCGAGAACAUAGAAAUAGAGGCAGAAGAAGAAGAGGAAGAGAAGAUGCCUUGAAGGAAGGGGGGUUUUGGCCAGCUUCUUUAUUUUCAGUUUGUUCUUAUUUGUUCUUUAACUUGGGUACUGCGUUAUAUUUUCAGCAUGGCAUGAUUUUGUCACAGGCUGGUAUUCUGAUUUUCGAAGCAGCUCCUCAAUUGACGCUUUUAAGCACAAAAGCCAUGGAGCAGGAAGUGCUUUAAUGCCACCCAAUUCCUCAAAUUCACUGACAUGAUGAGAGAGGAACAGGAAGUGAGCAACUGGUGUAUGGAGGCCAGCUGUGUGUUGCCCUGCACAGAAAAAGCCAUGUCUUUGCUCCUUUGAUUUGUCAUAAAAGAGUUUUACCAAGUCAUAAAUGACUGUACAUUAAUCAACUAGAAGUGACUCGCUUUUUUUUUGAACACGCUUUUGCAAUGUGGCUCAUUCUUCCAUAUACGUCUUCAGUAUUGUUUCAAAAUAUAAAGCAAAAAGUAGGGUCAUACAUGUGGUACUAAGCAUUAAACCACACAUAAUCCAUGCCACAUCAAGUCAAACAACCAGCCUGCGUAUAACAUGUUAUAUGUACAACUCAUCGACUGAAGAAACUACUCCUAUAAUGGAACAUAGGCGAGUCUUCCUAAAAGGGCUCAGAAUACGUGUCCGGCUAAAGGGAAAGACACCCAGGUGUGCGCACUGCAGGUUAAACCCAUACAUAUGAACAAACUGAAGUGCAUGGAGCUGACCCAGUCUCUCUGAUCACUGAGAAGACUUUAGGAAACACUUCUGUACAGCUUACAUGUUUUAUUCUCUAAAAUGCAACCCUUUGCUGGAUGUGAAGGAAGCUGAGAUAACAGAUGCACUAUAAUGACUUUAUUCAAUACAUUUGGAAAUAUGAAGCACGCAGUGUCUCCCAGCUAUCAUUCUUUUAGUGAGGAAAAAGUUAAAGGAGUACACCCCCCCCGCCCUCUCUCUCUCUGUUAAACUGAAUGUCACUACACUCCCCUUAAGGCUUGCUUUCAUAUAAUGAUUGUGUUUCUUUAGAGUGACACUCAGUGAAGGGGGGAUUGAUUUUGUGUGUGCUUUCCUGUUUGUCAUGAUGGAGAAUGUAAACGUCUUAGUUCCGAUUGUCUACACUAUAUAACAUAAAGUACCAAUGUGAAAGACUUGUGUAAAUAGUCUGUACUUAGGUUUGAAUUGUGGAGUGAAAACUGGACUUAUGGUGAAGAAUGACUGAUAAACUUUCUGGUUGUGUUUCCUGGGAUGUGUGUGAGGGACCAAGCCGGUGGAUGCAAGGCCAGUUAGUGGUCAAAGAGGUGUGUUUAAUCAAUCCUAAACUAAGUAGUGGGAGCGUUUCAACAUGUUUUUUGUGUUAUUUUAAAACGCACCUACCAUGCUUUUUUCAAACCCCCUUUAAAGGAGCUUGGGUUUUUUCUCCAGUUGAUCUGCAGAAUGCAUGAUGUACAUUGUGGAAGGUACAUGUUAAGUCUGGCUAGUGAACUGCUGUGUUAUCCGCAAGAAGAAGUGGGAAGCUGCACGAUGACCUCUGUUGGGUUCAAGUGGUCAUCUCAAUACAUUACAGUUCAGUGGAGGACACUACAUUAGCCUGUGAGGCAAACAAUAUGUCAGGCAUUAAUUCAGACGUGUUGCUGAAGAAUACAAAUAAAAUGUAUUUUAAUUUGCUCUUCGAAACAUGUUACUAUUUUAAGACUUUUGUCUGCAUUCAUAAGCUGGACUGUGGGUUUGGGUCUAACAUCCUGCUGAAUAAAUGCUUCUCUGAUGAGCAUCAAACCUU